AUGGAGAGAGAAAAAAUAAAUGAAGAGCGGUACAUGGGGGAGGAUGGGGACAGCAGGUACAUGGGGGAGGAUGGGGACAGCAGGUACAUGGGGGAGGAUGGGGACAGCAAGUACAUGGGGGAGGAUGGGGACAGCAGGUACAUGGGGGAGGAUGGGGACAGCAGGUACAUGGGGGAGGAUGGGGACAGCAGGUACAUGGGGGAGGAUGGGGACAGCAGGUACAUGGGGGAGGAUGGGGACAGCAGGUACAUGGGGGAGGAUGGGGACAGCAGGUACAUGGGGGAGGAUGGGGACAGCAGGUACAGUAGAAAACAGGAGUUGGACAGACACUUGCGGAUACCUCUUCAGCUGUGUCAAGCCCAAAGCCAACACACCUGCCCCUAUCAAGUCUGA